CAACAAAAUAUUUUCUGGUCGAAAUUUAUAAAGCCACGGGGACGGCACGAAAACCGUUUAUUGUAUUUUUAGGAACCGUUUAAUUCAUAUCUUACCGCGAUCGUCAAAAUGCGGAAUACAUACCUUUCCGUUCUCAUAUGCGCCUCCUGCAUUUGUGCUUGUGCCGCGGUGCCAGAUAGCUAUUCCGGGGAUGUCCAGAACUCGAAUUCAUUGGAUUUCGGCAAUGACAGUGGAGCCUAUAACUAUAAUCCGCCGCCCAACAACAACUACCUUCCUCCUGCCACGCCCGCACCCGAGUAUCUGCCGCCGCCCAACAAUGGAUAUCAAUAUAACCCGCCUCCAAACAACAAUUACCUGCCACCUCCGCCUGAAUAUGGAGCACCGCCUCUAGGUUAUCCCCAGUACGGUCCACCGCCUCCUCCUUUCUAUAAGCCAGCUCCCCCAAUGCCCUAUUCGCACGACUCUUGGUUUCUGGAAAAACUAAAGUCCAAGAUCAACCUGUAUACGCUUGGAAAGAUCUUGAUAAAGCUCUUGAUAUUCAAGAAAAUUGUCAAGUUCAUUGGCUUGAUUUUCUUGCUGUUGGUAGUGCCAAAACUGAAGAACCUCUUCAAAGAAGAUAUGAUGUCUUCGGGGUCCGGCGAAAGUGACGGUGACGGAAUGGAAAGUAAAUUUGUGGAAACCGAUAAGGAUAAAUUAGCGCAACAAAUCGAAGAUCUGUAUGAUUUUGUAAUAAAUUCGAUAGAGAAUUUUGAAGGAAGGAGAUCGUAGAAGAAAUGGACCAAAAUUAGUUUAUAGAGUAUUGUUAAAAAUUGUAUUACAGCUUGAUUAUUUAUUUGUUAGAGUCUUUCUCAUAAAUAAACUUAUUUGUAUGUGGAGAGGCAGCUUUUAUUUAAUUGUGGGGUAAGAUU